ACGGCCCUCUGCGUAACUUAUCUCAGCGCACAAUGCAGGCGAUGGACUCCGAAACGAUUCGCAAGAUCCACAAAGAGGUGUACAGCCUCGUGAAUAACGGGACGCUAGGACAGCAUGUCAAGACCGCGUUGGGAAUUAUCAACGACGCUCUCGAGAAGAAUGGCGAGAAGAACGUCUCGCUGAGCUUCAACGGCGGCAAAGACUGCACCGUCCUCCUCCACCUCUACAUCGCCGUCCUCGCGCACCGCGCCAUCAAGAAACACCCCGACCCCUCAUCACAGGCGCUCACCCUCCCCGAGACCCAAGCGCUCUACAUCCCCGUCCCGUCCCCGUUCCCCGUGCUGGAGGAGUUCAUCAACGACUCUGCACAAGUAUACAACCUCAGACUCGAGCGCGUCGAGCCCGAGCCCGAUGAUGUCGCCUCCCCCAACGGUAACGGCAAUGGCAAUGACAACGGCGCGGCAUCUGCCGGCUGGCCCACGGCGCUCGACGCGCAGGUGGAGAGCGUCACUCCCGCUGUGACGCCUGGCGUGAUGACACCCUCGGUGUUCUCGCUAUCGUCGCCGUCCGAGUCGAGCGAGGCGCCAAGGCCUGUGGGCAAGGCGCGCGGCGGGGCGGGGAUGAAGAGGGCGCUGGAGAGGUACAAGGAGCAUCACGGGCAUAUCACGGCGAUUCUCAUCGGGACGCGUAAGACGGAUCCUCACGGAGCAACACUCGAGUUCGUCUCCAAGACCGAUUCCGGGUGGCCCGAGUUCGACCGGGUGAACCCGAUCCUGAACUGGUCGUACGCGGACAUAUGGAAGUUUCUGCUCGAUCUCAAGGUGCCGUACUGCAGUCUGUACGAUGAGGGGUACACCUCCCUCGGCUCGACAUAUAAUACGUUCCCGAAUCCCGCGCUCCAGAUUUCUCCGUCGCCCGCCUUGUCCUCCUCUGCCCCUGCCGCAGCUUCUUCCUCUUCUGCACCCAUGUCGUCGCCCCCAAUAGACCACCGGCUACCUGACGCACUUACGAUGUACGCAGACAACCCAGAUAUGAUGUGCAACAUCUACGAGUCUCCCCUCCUCAACGGCGGCAGCAGCAACAGUGCAUGCGGCUCCGCCGCGCACUCGCCACUUCCACCCGCCAGCAGCUCGAAUGACCCAGCGCCAGCGCCAGCAGGGGGAAUACCAGACAACCUCAAGAUCCCAGAGCUAACGAUAUACGCAAGCAACACAGAGCAGAUGUGCAUCGCGGAGCCGCAUCCCCGCGCGAAGCUCCCCGCGUUCACGAUGGUCGCGAGCAACACGGACCAGAUGUGCAUUGCCGAGCCGCACCCCAAGGCUUCCAAGGCCUCCGUCCCCAGGGAAGAAGGGGUUCUUAAGGGGUCGACGAACGGUGUUGACGGGAACGGGAGCGGGAGGAAGGCACAGUUUAGACCUGCGUAUGAGCUUGAAGAUGGGAGUCUGGAGAGGGCGGGGAGGGUGUCGGGGGCUGUGCUUGCGCGGUCACAGGCGUGAAGGCCUCCCCCGGAUGAUGGACGAUGGACGUACUUUCGACGGACAUCUUUGCUGCUCUAAGACGGAGCAGCGAUAUAAACGUGUGUAUCGUGUGUAUAUGCAAGAUGGCUCUUCAAGGACCUUGGUGCAUAUCGUGCCGAGGACACGAAGGAAGGAGUGCGUGGAAAAGGAUAGGAGGACUUGAUUAUAUGUAUGGUUUUUCUUGGAGCGACGUUCACCUCGGUAUGCUGGGGUAUGCACUAUUAGAGCUACUUACACCUGACUUUGCUGUAUCUUGUAUUGUUAAAUAACAAUCUCC